AUGACUCCAUACUUCCCAUUUGUUUUAUUCCCGAGUGAUGUCUCAAUCGAAGAGUUGAACUCAGAACGUCCUUGCGCUUGCCUGGCUGCUCUAGCCGCUGCUUCACAUGCCGAUGCUGCGACACAAAAGCCACUCGGCAUAAUGUUCAAGGAAAUUGUUGCGGCAAGAAUGGUGGAUGGGGAUUUUAACCAGUUGGACCUGAUGCAAGGUCUACUUAUUCACGUUGCAUGGGGACACUAUCAGCCGCGGCCAAAGAGGUACAUGCAGCAUCUUCAUCUCAUCACGAGUAUUGUCAGCGACCUAAGGCUGGACAAACCCCGGAAGGUGAAGCUAUGGAGUGCCCAAGGCGGUAAAGAUAGUAACAAGCCCGACUGGGGUUCUGAUGAGAUGAGGGCACUUGCGGGUGCAUACUAUCUAUCCUCAAGUUCUUCUAUUAUUCUUCAGAAGACACGUCAAUCAUCCCACACACCAUACAUCUUGGCCUGUUGCCAGCAUCUUGCCUCAUUGAACCAAUAUCCAACUGACAAAUACUUGCCCUACAUGAUUACUGUGCAGAUUCUCAUCGAAGAAGUUGAAGACCUUGUUUGCAAGAAUACCUUUGUAGAAGGCUUGCAGUUUUCUACCGAAUGUGAAAUAAUCACUCAAAAGUGUGCGGAUAUAAAGUCUACCCUGCCAUUCCCUUUGAGUGAAAGCCCACCAUUGCUACUACAGAUACACAUCCUAGAGCUUCUCCUCAGUCAAUCGUCGCCGCGAGGAACAGCCUUUGGUCUGGACAAGUUCCAAAACGCAUUCCAAGACGAGACCUCACUCAUGGACUGGCUCUCGGCUAGUAUGUCCGCCGCACGCUCCCUCAUCAGCAUCAUAUUCGCCAUGCCUCAAGGCGAAGAGAUGGCCAUGUCGAACAUGGGCUGGAUCACGAUGAACUGCGCUCUGAAUCUGGCCGUCCGUCUAGAUCUUAUAGCUGCAAAGGGUAGCAUUUCAGGAUUCACAAAACACCUCCGGCGGUUCCUGGAUAUGAAACAUACUCUCCGACAGCUCGUUCUGCGAUUUGAAGCAACACCUGGCCCGGAUGCACCGCCUGACCAUCCCUUUCACGGCCUCGCAAAACGGUCAAGGCGGCUCGAAGAUUGGUAUCUCUCGCAAAUUGAGCAGCACACCGCGGAAUCUUGCCUAUCUAUAAGUCCUCAACCCAACGACCAACCGACAAUUAACAUAAGCACAGGUGCCAGCAGUAUGCCUGUUGAUGCGUCUAUACCGUACCAAAACGGCGAAACCUGGCCUGUGACGUCGGAUUGGUACCUGGGACCAGAGUUAGAUAUUAGCACAUUUCUUUUUGCAGAUCCUAUUGAGUUUCCGAUGAAUUUUGGAUAUGGAAGCUAG